CAAAGGACUAUAAGCGAAAAUGUAUAAAUAUUGCUUCCAGUUACUUUGCUAUUUUUACUUAAUUUCUCAAUCUGUCUGUGAAGAAAUACGAUUUAAUGAACAAUCAUUACUGAACACAGUCGACAGCCGUUUUCUUAGUGUAGCUAUCGAUUCAGGAGUUAUACGAAGACACUGGGGCAAUUUUGUUCCCGAUUCUCCCACUGUUCAACUGCUGGCAUUGGCCCUGUCACCAUGUUACUUGCGAAUGGGAGGUACAGAUGCAGACUUCCUCAGUUUCCAACCUGACAAUACCAAUCAUCUGUACGGAACCUCUCUGUCACAAAGUUCAAAUCAAAAUGACAGUCAAUAUCAUAAGUAUUCCAGUUCUUCCAUAUUGAAUGAAAAUAUGGACAAAAAUCAUGUAACUACUUUGCACACGCAAAACAUCACAAGAGAUGAACCGCUUCGUAGAUCGAAAAGGGAUAUUGGUUUUUAUGGUGACGAAAAAAAGGAUCUGACUAAUUUUACAAUGUCUCCUGAGUUUUUUGAUGAAAUUCACCAGUUUGUCACAUCAGUCAGUUGGGACCUGAUAUUUGACCUAAACGUUUUGCUGCGUACCAACGACCACUGGAAUCCAACUAAUGCCAUGGAACUGAUGAACUACACCAUCAAAAAAGGCUACAAAAUGGCUGGCUGGGAACUUGGAAAUGAACCAAAUGCGUUCUAUCAUUUGAUAAAGUACAAAUUGGACGCGCAUAGAUUGGCUAAAGAUUACUUGAAGUUAAAGAAGGCGCUCACCUCCUUACAUUUAUAUGAGAAUAGCGUUGUUUUGGGCCCGUCUGUCACUCAACUUAACAAAAAACAUGUCGCUAAAUAUUUCAAAAGUUUUCUACAGUCAGGCGGUGGGGAUGUUGUUACUGGGGCCACCUUCCACCAUUACUACAUUAAUGGCCGAACCGCCACGUUGGACCAGUUCUACGACCCCACAGUGCUCAACUCUUUUGGCUCGGAACUGGUUACCGCAGUUAACAUCACUCGUACCCUCGGGACAAAGGCGCCCAUCUGGCUCGGGGAAACAAGCUCCGCAUGGGGUGGGGGGGCACCUGGCAUCUCUGACAGAUAUGUGGCUGGAUUCAUGUGGUUGGACAAGCUAGGUCUGGCAGCCAGGUUUGGAGUGGAUGUUGUGGUCAGACAGAGCUUUUAUGGCGGUCACUACGCCCUCCUGGACCAGCACACUCUACAGCCAAACCCGGAUUAUUGGCUGUCUCUCCUAUACAAGACUUUAGUAGGACAGGGUGUUCUAAAUGUCACCAAGCCAGAAAGUUCAGGGACGCUCAGGGUGUACGCCCACUGCACCAACACCCAUAGAUCGGCGUAUCCUGCAGGAAGUGUGACAUUGAUAGUACUGAAUGUGGGCUCUAGUGAGGUCAAGGUCACAUUACCAGGCGUACCAGUGACCUCUACCCUACAUUUAUACUGGCUCACACCUGAAGAGGGCUCUCUCACUGACCAGUCGGUGUCACUGAAUGGCCAACCAUUGCGGGUGGAGAAUAACAAGCUGCCCGACCUUCUCAUUCCACAGAAAACCACCGCCCCAGUGAACAUUCCAGCGCUAACGUUUGGUUUCAUUGUCUUGCCAGAUGUGAAUCUCACCAUUUGUUAUUCUUAGUGUUCUUUCAUUGAUGAACAAAAAUAAUUAAUUGUUGCCUGCUGCUUUUUAAAGUGUAAUUAAUGACUUUUGUAUAUUUUUGGCAUUUAGUGUGCAUAGGAAGGUGUUUUAAGGGGAAAUUAUGGUCUUUACAAGGUGUUUGGUUAUCUCAAAUACUGCACUGUUAUUAUGAUGGCUUUUGUAUAUUUUUUGCUUUUAAUGUACAUAAUAAUUAAAGUGUUUGAAAUAUUAUGAGGAAAUACUCAUGCUAACAAGAGUUUUUGAACACAAUUUGGUUUGUCUCAAAUAUUGUUUUGUUAUUACACAAAAUCAUCUCUAUGAGUUAUAUGCCCUUACAAAUACUUUGGGAAACGGCCAUUACUGAUGUUGGAAAAACACGUGGCUCAGUACUUUACAUGUCCUUCUUUAUAUGAAAGAUGACAAUGUUGCAUCACACUGUUUCUGUUUCUCUGCUGUAUUCUUUAUCAUAGGUAAUGUAAAUGUAUCGUCAUGCAAUAAUAUAUUAUUUAAUUAGAAUUAAAAUGUACAUGUAUGUUUAAGGGCGUAGCUGGCAAUAUGUAUAUGAGAAUGUGUGUGACAUUAAUUGCAUUAGUAAAAAAAUAAUAAUUAUAGUUUAAUAUUUAAAAAAACUGUUAUUCCCAUGGUAAAGAAAGGGCUGGUGUGUAUCAUUAAAAUUUGCCUAGCUUUACCCAUGUUGUUGAUGUUAAUUUACAUUGUUCUGUAUUUAAUAUUUCAUACACACUGAACAAAAUUGGUUAAUUCUUCGGUUUGGUUAAAGUUAGCCAUAAUGUUUAUUGAUUGGUCAAUAUUUAAUCAAAUAAUUAUUACUAACCAAUCAUAUCAUUUAAUUAUGCAAGUCAGACUACUGUGGAUAACUUAUCCAAGUUUUAUACAACUGGCUACAGAAGAUAGCUUACUUUGAAUACUUAAAUUACCACGCAAAUUUAUUUUGAAAACAAACACUUUGAACAUACAUGUUAGCCAAACAAAUGCAGAAUGACCUAGAAGCAUUAAGCUUAUAAAGCCAGCUGUGAAGCAAGUAUGUGUCCUGAAGGCCUGUAUCUCGUGUUUGAGGCCUGUAUCUCGUGUUUGAGGCCUAUAUCUCAUGUUUGAGGCCUAUAUCUCAUGUUUGAGGCCUAUAUCUCAUGUUUGAGGCCUACAUCUCAUGUUUGCAGAUCAAAGGCAUUUGUUCCUUUUUUCAUACUAUAUAUUAUAUAAAAAACACUCAUAUACAUGUAUUCUCAGAGUAUAUAAUUUCUUUAUUUUCUUUGUUAAGAGUUAAUAGGGACUAAACACCAGAUGAUACAACUGCAUGAAAAAAAAAUUGUCGAAUAUAGAAUACAUAGAAUUGAUAUCAUUGUGUACACUUUAAUACCAGUAAAUUUUAAAAAAUAGCGUCUGUAAUUGUAUCUGUACUAAUCACAUGACUUUCACAUGCUAAAUAUACACACUAUAAACUAUGAAACCCUUAUGCGCUAUUUUUAAACAGGUCAACUCAGCUAAGACAGCAACAAAAUAUUGUUUUAAUCAUGUUCAACAAUGUAUUAUUGGCUGCAUACUAUCUCGUCUUGUAGCCAUGUUUUGAGGAAAUAAUGAAUUUGCCGAUUAUGAACCAUCUGGUGUCUAGUCCCUUUAAAACUAGUAUAUUUUGAAACAUAGCAUAAUACAAUGUGCACUUAGUUUAUCAUUUCUAUUUUCAUGAAUAUCAUUUAUAUUUUAAUACCAUAAAAAUCAUUUCAGACUUAAUAAAUUAUGUGUACAUUAAUGCUGAUCUCAUUUUUUUUGUCAACCUGGUUCAAUAGGGUUCUUUAGUGCGGCCCCCAUAGGCCUGUUUUCCCCUUAAUGUCUAAUUUUGGCAUUGUCUUCAAUCCAGUUUGGCAUAUUUUAGCUUUACAUUAUGUUUUUAAAUAAAUUAUAAUACAUUCUUCAGAGUAAACCUCAUUGCUUACCACAGCUUAUCAAGUUAAAAAACACAUAAAUAUUGGCGUUCACUAUUUCGGCAGAUAAUGCAUUGCAAAUGUUGAUAACUAAUGGUGAACAAGUUAAUUAGAAUUAGCUUUUGGUUUCUGAAUCUUUUAAACAUGUCCAAGGUUUUAUGUGUUAGUUGAUAAGUUAACAAAGUAGUGAGGUCUAUGUUAUCAAUGUGAUGUAUCAUGUUGAAUACUUGUAUGAGAUCACCUCGCAACCUUCAAUGGUCUAGAGACAAUAUAUGUACUUUCAAAUCACUUAAUAAUAAUACUUUAUGCAUUGUAAUUAAUGUCUUUAGUGUCUGUUUUUUGGUUAAAAUAUGCAUGUACAUGUAUCUAAUUAUCAUACCCUUUAUCUGCACAGUUCUGUAUAGAUACAUACAUAUAUAGAUAUAUAUAUAAAUUAAAAAAGUAUGUAGAUUAAAAAUUAGUAAAAAG